AUGCCAGAAGUAUAUAAUAGGACUAUUGGAAGCGAUUCACCUGUGUUUGUGACCGAGGAAGAAAUGUACGUCGAUGAUUUUAAGAAUAAAUCUAUGAUGCCAGUUGACGACUUGGACAGAACAAAUAUACGACUAUAUAAAAAAGUGAUCGAUUUCAAAUUAACUGAUGUCGCAUUUCCAGAACUUAUGACGGCUAUUGAACAAAGUUACCUUCAUGAGUUAGGAUGGUGUUACAAGACACUACCUAAUAAAACUGCAAUCGACUUAUAUUCGAGGUCCAUUUUACUUAAAGGUGAUAACGGCAUGGUUUUGGAAAUUUGGCCGCCAAAUCAUCAAUCAAAACUUAUUCAGCAUUUGGCCAACACGCAUGGAAUUAUACGUAUUCUGCACAAUAAACUAUUGAUUGAAUUUCAUCCAUACUUGAGUAUUAAUUCAAAUCAAAAACCAUUUUUGAAACAACCAUGUGAACAAUAUGAAGUCAUGUAUAUCAAACCUGACCUAAAUCAAAUCUACAGACUAAUUAAUAGAUUAAUAAUCUCUAUCUGA